GAGGAGCCUGAGGCAAUUGAGGCACCUGAGGUGGAAGAAAUAGGUGAUAUUAGCCAUUCAGACUAUGAUGAUACUCCGGAGAACAACUACGAGAGCUAUAGGAAGGAUGAGGAUGAACAGAAGGAUGAACCUCAAGCCCCUCCAUCUCCCACCCAGAGGUCUAAAACUGUCGGAAAGAGACCUCAUACAGUUCAACCAACCACUGCCAGAGUACUGAGCAGUGCUCAGAGGAAACCAACUGGCGUAGUAGUGGAGGUCAUUGCUUCUUCCAACGUAUCGGUAGACAUGGUACAGGACAACUCGACGGGGCGCGAAAGUAAUACGGAGCACUCCAGGCAUCCCAGAGAGCACUUUCAGUAUCCUAGAGAGCACUCUCAGUAUCCUAGAGAGCACUUUCGAUAUGGGGAGUCGUUCCACACUUAUCGGACAUAUUGUUCUUCACCACCUAGUGAGGUAAUUGGCGAGCAGUCUAUGAGCAGUCAUCAGAUUCCUUCAAGCCAACUUCACGGUAAACAUCAAUCGCAAAGAGUCCACGAAGUCGAGUACCUUCCCUCAUCUAGGGAAGAGGACGAAAGUGCUUCAAUGCCGAAAAGCGACGGUAUUUUGAUUCUGGGAAGCGAGGUCAGUAUUCCAGAGGAUACUCACGACAUCUUUGAGAACACUGGUGACAUUCCUUCGAGCUAA